AUCUCUGCUUUGCAGUCAAACACUCUGAUGCGGAAGGUGAAGCGGACACUGCCCAGCCCCCCUCCGGAGGAAGCUCACCUGCCCCUGGCCAGCCAAGCCCACUCCCAGCUGUACUUGCCCAGCUUCAUGCAGAAGGGGGUAGGAGAGCAGGCCACUCAGGUAACCAAAGCCAGCCUUCUCAGAGACAUCGACCGUGACCUGAAGCUGGUGGAGCAUGAGUCCACGAAGCUGCGGAAGAAGCAAGCAGAGCUGGAUGAGGAAGAGAAGGAGAUCGAUGCCAAGCUGAAGUACUUGGAGCUGGGCAUUACUCAGAGGAAGGAGUCUCUUCUGAAGGAGAGGGGAGGGCGGGAUUACCCUUACCUGAGAUGCCUAGGUGAGAACCGGGACUACAUGUCUGAUAGUGAGCUGAACAAUUUACGCCUCUCCAGCUAUGAGGGCAGCAGUCUGCUCAGCAGGCCCAGCACUGCCCCCACUAACCAUUAUGCUGACUUCUCCAGCACGCAGUACACAUCAGCCUCCUCCUACGCCCCCUACCCAUACCCAGCAGCCCUACCAGGCCCUGCCGCCUUCCAGCAAACACGGCUCCAGCCCCCCCAUUACCCUGUGGUCAGCAGUGGCACAUCUCAGAAUGGCUUCCAGGCUGGUCAGCUCCCCGCCUCCCCCUCCCAAGGUACAUAUCAGACACACAGCUUCCCUCCCAGCACUGGUUACCAGCCCCAGCUGGGCUUGCAGAGCCAUCAAGGCUUUCGGCCACCUCAUCACUACCAAGCUCAGACCACAUAUCCCAAUCAGCCGCCCUCACAGCCGGCACAGAGUGCCCUCUUCCAAACACAGGCAGAUGUGCACGCCAUGCACCAGAAGCCACGGCAGACAUCACUAGCAGACUUGGAACAAAAGAUCCCCACCAAUUAUGAAGUGAUUGGAAAUCCCACCGUGGUGAUCUCCUCAGCAGCCCCAGAAGUUACUUACAGCCCCACGACAGUGACCGGCAGCUAUGCCCAGCACAAGGCCCCAGAGGCCAGUCCAGCUGACCAGAGCAAUGCCGUGCAAAGCCCCUCAGCCAGUUACUCUUCAGAUUCUCUGUACGCAAACCUGGAGCAGAACAUUCCCCGCAACUAUGUGAUGAUCGAGGACAUCAGUGAGCUGACCAAAGAGAGCACUGCGGCAGACAGCCACAAGGGGGAGAUGCAGGUGCAGAGCAGCACUGGCCGCCAGAUCAAAGAGAAGAGUGAGCUGGUGGAGACGGAAGGCUCCAGCAGAACUUGCUGCUACUCCAAAGCAGAGGAGGAGUCAGAGGAGGAUAUGUAUGAUCAGCAUGGUGCUGACCAUCGGGGGAAGAACAGCUACCACAGGGGCAUGGAGAGCAAUGGCAGGAUGUCAGGCAGCUCCAGUGGCCCCUGCUCCUAUUACGGGGACGAUUAUCGGCACUCCACACGCUCAGACAAGCAUGGCUCUGGACUGGGGAUGCAGAAGCAUUCCUCCAAAAACCUGGCUCCUGCUGUCAUCUCGUCCAAACGCAGUAAACACAGGAAACAAGGCAUGGAGCAAAAGAUCUCCAAAUUCUCCCCCAUAGAAGAAGCCAAAGAUGUGGAGUCGGACCUGGCCUCCUACACAGUGACUACGUCUAUCAGCAGCAGCAAUGUGGCAUCCAGGGCAAAGAAGCUUCAGGACGAGAUCACCUAUGGCCUCAAGAAGAACGUGUAUGAGCAGCAGAAAUACUAUGGCAUGUCCAGCAGGGAUAUGACGGAAGAGGACGAUCGAGCAUACAGCACUGGAAGCAGAUCUAGAUCGUCUGGUUAUGGGACAGAAAAAACAUCAAGCCGCGAUGCCAGCAGCAGAAGCAAGUCCUAUGAGAGAGAGUGCAUGGAGAAGCCUCAGAAAGGAAGCUCCAAACCAUCUUCCCUUAGUAUGAGUCAGACUCGUGGGCGGCCUUCGAUUCGUACACAGACAUCGGAAGAGGAAAGUCCCAUCAGCCCUUUAGGAAAGUCUGUGGGUGUGUCCCGCUCCUCAGGUGGACCUCUCCCUCAGUCCUCUGGGGACAGCUGUUCCCAGUUCUGCUCCAGCCACUCGUUGCCUGAUGUGCAAGAACAUAUCAAAGAUGUGCCAAGGAACCACUCUUACAAGCAUGAAGAAGGUUACAUCAUGGAUGAUUCACAUUGUGUUGUUUCAGACAGUGAAGCCUAUCAUUUGGGUCAGGAGGAGACAGACUGGUUUGAUAAGCCCAGGGAAGCUCGCUCAGAGCGGGUAAGGCACUACACUGGCCACUUCUCCUCCCAGAAGAGACCUCCCAUCAAACACACCUUUCAUGAUUACGAUGAGCCUCCAGAUGAAGACCUGUGGCAGCACGAUGACUAUUCUCAGGCACGUCACUCUUCUUCCAAAGACCACCGGCACCAUGGAGAGUAUGGAAGGCACUCAGCCGCUUCCCGCCACCCGAGUGAUGAACAGGCCAAGAGGACAUCCAAGCAGCAUGCCCGAGACCAGGGCCGUCAUGAAGCCCGCACACACAUGCAGCCAUCUGCCCAGAAGAAGGCUCAGCAGUCAGACAUGAGAGCCCAGACAGCUUUCCCCUCCAGCUCAGCAGAGUACUCGCAGCAGUCCCAGCAGCCGUCCAGCUACCACCAUACCUCAGAGUCCCAGAAAUCCCAACGGCAAGCGGAGCAUGGGCCACUGCCCCAACAGCCGAAAGGAGAGCCUUUGCUGCACCAUUCUCAGCAGCAGCCGCAAACAAGACAGCAGCAAUCCGGGCAACAGCAGCUGCCAUCCAGGCAGCAGCAGCCAUCAGCCAGGCAGUCUCCACAACAACAAGCAGGCCCUUUGCAGCAACCUCCUCAGCCACAGAAGGAGCAGCAGCAGCAGUGCCUCGGGGAGAGCCACCAAAGAGACAGGUGCAGUAUCUGCAGGGUAUUUCGCCCCAGGACUCUCAAAGAUAGAGAGCAGAGACUUAAAGUCCUCCUAAUGGAAGCGGCCCUGUGGCCACAAUCGGACCCUGGGCCUGCCGAUCCGGCACCCAGCACUUCAUCCUCGGUGCGCAGUGCCCCGGCACUGGCGAUAAGUCGUGAGCCCAAAGCCUCCAAAGCCCAGCACCGGAGAGAGCUGGCGCACAAGAAAUCGGCCUCGGUGAGACAUCGUUCACCAUCGCCAGUGCCGGUUAAAAAGAAGAGGCCGUGGCCGUUCUGGACGCCAUGGGCCUACCACAAGUCAGUGGGUCAGGCGUAUGGACCCCACUCACGGGCCGCAUCAGUCUCCUCGACGUCGGUGGCCCUGCCGCUGAUGUCCCCACCACUGGCACCACCGUCUGACAGGAGUGUGCCACAAUGGGACACGGCACCGCCUAGUCAGGCACCGGCAGGGACCAUGCUCCCAACGCCGCAGGCACCGCCCAGCAUGCCUCGUCGCUCGGUGUCGACCCCGGUACCGGCCGCAGUGCCGCAUCCUGAACCCGCACCGGCCGCGCAGCCUGAAUACCAUGUGCUGCAGGCCCUGGUAGAGGUAGAGGGUAUAGAAGAAGGCCCUCUUCAGAGGAUCUCCUCCUCUUCCUCGUCGGAUGAGGCAGUGGCGGGAACGUCAGCGGCGGGAACGUCAGCAGCACCGGCUCUAGAGGACAAUAGGAUCCUCCAACAGCUGCUUACUCGAGCAGCCCAGAGCCUCUCAAUCCAAACGGAGGAAAUCGAGGUGGAUACUGAUCCAGUGGUGGACAUCCUGACCCUGUCGGGCCCAUCCAGGGUGGCCCUGCCUCUCAUAAAGACCAUUGCGGAUACAACCUGCACUUUGUGGCAGACGCCAGCCUCAUUGGCCCCCACAGCUGAAAGGACUGAGAGGCGAUAUUUUGUUCCAUCCAAGGGCUAUGAACAUCUUUAUACACACCCUCCCCCGAACUCCCUAGUAGUAGAUGCGGCCAACCAGAGGGAACGCCAAAGGUUCCAGGGAGCUACGCCAAAAAAUAGAGAGGCCAAGAGAUUGGACCUGUUAGGGCGAAAGGUGUAUUCGACAGGGGGUCUGCAGUUGCGCAUAGCCAAUCAGCAGGCCAUAGUGAGCCG